AUGGCGCGGCCGCGCGGCCUGGGCCGCAUCCCCGAGCUGCGGCCGGCGGCCUUCCCGGCGGCGGCGGCGGCGGCUGCGGCCGAGGACGAGGCGUUCCUGCCCGAGCCGUCGGCCCCGCGCGCUGCCCGCCGCCCACGGUCGCCGCCCUCCUCGCCCGUCUUCUUCGCCAGCCCGUCCCCAACUUUCCGCAGGCGCCUUCGGCUGCUCCGCAGCGCCCAGGACUUCGGCCGCCACGCGUCGGCCUGCUUCGAGGCAGAGAAUGGACCGACACCAUCGCCCGGCCGCAGCCCCCUGGAUUCGCAGGCGAGCCCGGGGCUUGUGCUGCAUUCCGGGGCGGCCGCCAGCCAGCGCCGGGAGUCCUUCCUGUACCGCUCCGACAGCGACUACGACAUGUCGCCCAAGACCAUGUCCCGGAACUCAUCGGUCACCAGCGAGGCGCACGCCGAGGACCUCAUCGUAACCCCGUUUGCCCAGGUGCUGGCCAGUCUCCGGAGCGUGCGCAGCAACUUCUCGCUGCUGACCAAUGUGCCCAUUCCCGGUCACAAGCGCUCACCCCUGGGAGGCCCGACCCCAGUCUGCAAGGCCACGCUGUCAGAGGAGACGUGUCAGCAGUUGGCCCGGGAGACCCUGGAGGAGCUGGACUGGUGUCUGGAGCAGCUGGAGUCCAUGCAGACCUAUCGCUCCGUGAGCGAGAUGGCCUCGCACAAGUUCAAGAGGAUGCUGAACCGUGAACUCACGCACCUGUCGGAAAUGAGCAGAUCAGGAAACCAGGUGUCAGAGUACAUCUCCACCACGUUCCUGGACAAACAGAAUGAAGUGGAGAUCCCCUCACCCACGUCGACGGAACGAGAGCAGACGCCACGGCGGAAACCCUCCCAGCAGCCCCCAGCCCCGGCCCCCCCGUUCCAGCCCAUGUCUCAGAUCACAGGGGUGAAAAGGCCCACACACAGCCUCGGCAACUCCGGCAUCCCCCGCUUUGGCGUGAAGACUGACCAAGAGGAGCUCCUGGCGCAAGAACUGGAGAACCUGAGCAAGUGGGGCCUGAACAUCUUCUGCGUGUCAGACUACGCCGGAGGACGCUCCCUCAGCUGCAUCAUGUACACCAUAUUCCAGGAGCGGGACCUGCUGAAGAAGUUCCGCAUCCCCGUGGACACCAUGGUGACGUACAUGUUGACCCUGGAGGACCACUACCACGCGGACGUGGCCUACCACAACAGCCUCCACGCGGCCGACGUCCUGCAGUCCACCCACGUGCUGCUGGCCACGCCUGCACUGGAUGCCGUAUUCACGGACCUGGAGAUUCUCGCUGCCCUCUUCGCAGCUGCCAUCCACGACGUCGACCACCCUGGGGUCUCCAACCAGUUCCUCAUCAAUACUAAUUCGGAACUGGCGCUCAUGUACAACGACGAGUCCGUGCUGGAGAAUCACCACCUGGCCGUGGGCUUCAAGCUGUUGCAAGAGGACAACUGCGACAUCUUCCAGAACCUCACCAAGCGCCAGCGGCAGAGUCUGCGCAAGAUGGUCAUCGACAUGGUGCUGGCCACAGACAUGUCCAAGCACAUGACCCUGCUGGCUGACCUGAAGACCAUGGUGGAGACGAAGAAAGUGACCAGCUCGGGGGUCCUCUUGCUGGACAACUACUCUGACCGCAUCCAGGUGCUAAGGAACAUGGUGCACUGCGCAGACCUGAGCAACCCCACCAAGCCGCUGGAGCUGUACAGGCAGUGGACCGACCGCAUCAUGGCCGAGUUCUUCCAGCAGGGCGACCGGGAGCGCGAGCGGGGCAUGGAGAUCAGCCCAAUGUGCGACAAGCACACGGCCUCCGUGGAGAAGUCCCAGGUGGGCUUCAUCGACUACAUCGUGCACCCACUGUGGGAGACCUGGGCAGACCUCGUGCACCCAGAUGCCCAAGAGAUCUUGGACACGCUGGAAGACAACCGGGGCUGGUACUACAGCGCCAUCCGGCAGAGCCCGUCGCCGCCGCCCGAGGAUGAGCCUGGGGGGCCAGGCCACCCGGGCCCACCUGAUAAGUUCCAAUUCGAGCUGACGCUGGAGGAGGAGGAGGAGGAGGAGGCGUGCACGACCCAGAUCCCAUUCUUGGCCCAGGACGCACAGGAAGCACCCACGCCUGCGGCCGAGACCAAGGCCCCCGAUGCAUCCGGGGAACUGGCCGAGGCCCAGGGCCGGGACGAAUCGCCCAAGGUGCAGGUGCACGGAGCGGCUUGGGCGGAAUCGGCGGCCCAGGCGGAAUCCGUGGAUGCCAUAAGCCGGGGCCGCCCCCCUGCCCUGGCUGUGGGGAGCCCCCUGCCGCCUGCUUUGAGGACCCUACCCAUUCCAGAGGAGGCCCCGGGCUUCCAGGGCCUCCCCUCCACGGCAGCCGAGGUGGGGGCCCGAAGAGAGCAUCAGGCUGCCAAAGAGACAGCUGCAGAAGACCCUCCCACGCACCCAGCAGCGCCAGGCGGGCGGGGGUCCCCCGGAGACCCCCCCUGAGCCCCAACACGCUCACCCUGUCUCCACCCGCAACCUCCUCCCCCAGUAUCCCGCCCCGAACUCCUCGGCCGCCACCUCAAAGACCCCGUGGCCCCCAUGAGAAACAAGAACAGAAAAGUGGGCUUUUUUUUUGUUUUUUCCUUUUUUUCCCCCCAUUCUCCCUGCCCCCACCCAUGCAGCCGAUUCUUUUUUUUUCUUUUUUUUUUUUUUUUCAAAGUGGGGGCUGGGGAAUGAGGGGCGGAUGUGUCCCUGAAGGGAUUUUAUUUUUUGAAUUUUAAUUGUAACAUUUUUAGAAAAAGGCAAAAAAAAAAAAAAAAAAGGGAAAGAAAGAAAAAAACACAGAAACUGUAGACACUCCUCCUCUUCCUGGGUUUGCCACCUCCGAGCCCCCCUGCCCCACCUCCCCCACGCCCGCGCCCACGCCCCCAAGUUCAAGGCUGCGUCUUCCGGCCUCCUCUUGGGUCCAGGUGCAGGCGUGGGGGCCUCCUUCUGAGUUUGGGGGGUUCGAGAACCCAGCCAGGCAUAGCCAUUUGGGGCGGGGCCGGCGGAGGGGUCGCCCUCUCUGGCCCGCGCCCCCCCCCAUCAAAAGUCUUCCGCCUCAUUUUGCGCAGCCCCAGCCAUGCCGACUUGGGGAGGGGCGGUCAGGGUCCAGGUGGGCCAGCCGUCCCGCCUGCCGGCCCCCUCCGCUCGCCGCCCCCUUCCCCGUCCUCCUUGGGUUCACGCCGGAUUUCCUCCGUUUUGGGGAGGGGGGAGCUCUGACUGCACACAGGCACCGCCCCCGCCCCUCCAGCUGCUUCUCCUCGUGUAUCUGCCUUAAUGAUUCCCACGGCCACCGGGGAAGGGGUGGCAGCGGCUCCCACCUGCACCUCGCGCAGGGCGGGGCCCGGCCCGGAGCCCCCUGCCGGCAUCCUCCCGACUCUGCCCCCAGCCCGCCCACCCUUUGCCCUAGGACGAAGCAAUAACGGUGUUCACCCACAUCCCCCUCCUGGGCAGCCCCUCCCCCGGUGUCCCUACCAUGCCAAACUGAGCAGCAGGACAGGUGCAAGGCCAUUCUUCUUCAAGCCAUGGGGGACCAUGUGGAAGGAAAGACCCCCUCCCGCCCGUCCCCCACGCCCCUCAGCCUGGUUCUGUGGUUGGGCAGCACAAGGCCCAUCCAAUGCAUUGCUUGCCCCCCACCUCCAUUUCUGAGCACACGGUACUGUAGCCCCCGGUUCCCCCUGCCCCAGCCUUCCCUCUGUCCGUCCGUCUGCCCGCCCGCCCUCCCUCCCUCCCAUGAUGCUCUACAAGGUUCAUUUUGUAGCAAAAGUAGUUGCGGUCCCAGCGUGGGCCUUUUUAUUUUGUUUGUUCGAUUUUCUUGGUUUUUUUUUUUUUUUUUGUCUUUUUUUUUU